GCGAGUAUCAUAAAAAAUGUUUAUAUAAAUAAUAUAUAAGUAUAUAAUAUAUAUACACAAAAUGAAUAAUUAAAAGCAUGCCGAUUGAUCUGUAAAAUAUACCUAUGUCAUAAAUAAUUAUUUGAUACAGAACAAUUGAAUUGUAGUUUAUAUUUUUUCUUAAAUCAAGUGUAAAAAUGUCAAAAGCUUCUAAACAUUAGUGUAUAAAACGGUUUUAAUAAUAAUUUUUUUUCAAUAUGACAAGGGUAAAUGAUCAAACAACAAUCGGGUCGCGUUGGUAAGUUGCCUUGGUACCCUGGGCAACGGUGAAUAUGCAUUUAACGUAAACAAAGUUGUGUUAACAAAGAAAGAAAAAAAAAUAAAUUUAGCCUGUAUAAAAUAUUUAUAUUAAAUAAAUUAUAUUAUUAAUUAUAAAAUAUAGGUAAUAAUAAAAAAUUGUUAAAAUGACGUCGUUGGACUUAAGACAGCAAAAAUUGGAGCAACAACGUCAAUUGUUGGCUCAAAAAAUGAAACAAAAACGUCAAACUGGAGCCGGUGGAAUGGUCCAGGCAAGUGGACAAUUUAAAAGUCAUUCAGCUAAAUGGGUCACAUCAACAAGAGAACUUCAUGGAUAUGAUGGACCUAUGCAGUACAGUUUAUCACCAAAUAAUUCUGGUUUAAAUUUACCCAAUGAUAUGAAAAGUAUUGAUACUGAAAUAACAGAAAUAAGUGCAGAUGGUAUUUUUCGUGAAGGAUUAGAAACUGUUGAUUGUGCUGAUGAAGAAUCAUCACCACUUGAUAAUAGAUUACCAGGGGAUUCACAAUGUAGAUCACCACUUCGUGUUGCACCAUCAGAUGGUCCAGAAACAGUUAUAAUCACCAGAGAAAAUCAUUCAAAUAGUCCCGAACUUGAAGGAAAUGUUGAAGGAAAUAUUGAUCAAUUUGUCGUACAACCAGCAAACAAAAAAAUGCAUUACAAAUGUAGAAUAACACGUGAUAGAAAAGGUAUGGAUCGUGGUUUAUAUCCAACAUAUUUUUUACAUCUUGAACGUGAUUAUGGUAAAAAAAUUUUUUUACUUGCUGGUAGAAAACGUAAAAAAAGUACAACAAGUAAUUAUUUAAUAUCAACUGAUCCAACUGAUUUAUCACGUGGUGCUGAAUCAUAUGUUGGUAAACUACGUUCAAAUUUACUUGGUACACAAUUUACUGUUUAUGAUAAUGGUCAUUCACUUAUGAAAGAUGAUAAAAGAGAUGAAAGACCAAAUCCAAGACAAGAAUUAGCAGCUGUUGUUUAUGAUACAAAUGUACUUGGUUUUAAAGGACCACGUAAAAUGACUGUUAUUAUACCUGGUAUGACUGCUGAUCAAAAAAGAAUUUCAGUUUGUCCAGCUGAUGAAUCUGAAACACUUUUAGAAUGCUGGAAAACUAAAAAUAUGGAUAAUCUAAUUGAACUUCAUAAUAAAACUCCAGUAUGGAAUGAUGAAUCACAAUCUUAUGUACUCAAUUUUCAUGGACGUGUUACUCAAGCGUCUGUUAAAAAUUUUCAAGUUGUUCAUGACAGUGACACUGAUUAUGUUGUGAUGCAAUUUGGCCGGGUUGCUGAAGAUGUAUUUACCAUGGAUUAUCGAUUUCCAUUAUGUGCUCUUCAGGCAUUUGCAAUUGCUUUGAGUAGUUUUGAUGGUAAAUUAGCCUGCGAAUAAUAUAUUUAUUUUAUAUUGAGUAUACAAAAAAAUAAAAAACAAUGGUGAGGUUUUUUUUUUUUUUCUUUUCUCAUUGUUUUAAUUGUUGGGACAAUCAAAAAAAUUAUUUAGAUAGAUGAAAAUACAAAAUAUGUGUAUUCAAAUCUUCGACAAAAUUAAUAUUUACUAGGUAGUAUAGUUGAAUUUCUUUUUUUAUUUUUUUGUCAAUCACAAGCUCAGUCGAAUUUGUUUUAUUUUUUCUAUGUAACGAAAAAAAAAUAUUUGUACUUUUCGAUACGUAUUUUAUUUUGAGCUCGAAUAGAAAUUACAAUGCUGUUUAAUGUUGAUCUCAAAGUGUGCCUUUCGUAUUGAUCUUUGACCCCACUUUUGUUCACAAAAUAUAUAAAAAUACAAAUAAUAAUAUUAAAACCAUGUGAAAUAUAUAUAUAAAAAAAAAGCAAUAUGUUUAGAGUAGUUAAGAGUUGAAGGGCACGAGAUAAAUAUAUGUCACGUUAAAAAAGAAACAUAAUAAAUUGUUGUCGAAAAAAAAACAAAUUUAAUCAAUAGUUUAAAAAAAGAAGCGAAAUAAUAUUCAUAUUUUAAAAGUUAGUCUCUUUGUCAGCAUUUUAAUUAACAAAUUUUUAAUGCUGAUGAAUAUGUGUUCAAAAUAGAGGCAAAAAAAAAAAAAAAAAGUUUAGUAUAUAUGCAGUAUUAUUCCUGUGUGGAAAAAAAAAAAAAAAAAUUAAUUUUUCGAUUGUAAAUUUAUAUUUGAGUAGGUAUUAUUUAAGGAACUCUCUGUCAAGUAAUUUAUAUUAUAAAUUUUUUUUUUUUUCAAUUGAAAAAUGACUGAUUCAGUGCCACCUUUUUUUUAAAAAAAAAAAAUUUUUUUAAUUCAAACUUGAAUUAAUAUCAAUUAAAUAGUAAAAUUGCAUUUGUUUUUCGAUGACUGUAUUUUUUUUUUAUUUUCUUGCUAACAAAAUAGACGAGAGUUUCUUUGGAUAAAAAAAAAAUACUAACAGGAUUUGUACUUUUUACUAUUGUUGUCAAUGGUGCCCUUUG